AUGAAGAAGAAUACGACCUUAAAGUGCCGGAAAAGAUACACAACCUCAUCAAAGAAGAAGAAAUCACUGCUCCAAUCGUUGAAUCUUGACCUAAAAGAGCACGCUCCACAAACGAGAAACCAAAAAAACGUAAAAAGAAAAUGGAUCCAGAAGAAAUCAAACAAAGAAGAAAUUAAAGUGCCGGAAAAGAUAGACAACUACGUUGAAGAAGAAGAAGUGACUGUGCCAAUUGUUGAAUUGCAAGCUAAAAGAGUGCGCUCCACCGAUGUUAAACAAACCAAACAGAAAUGGAAAGGAUGGGUCAUCCUUGAUCAAGAGGAAAUUAAAAAAGAAAAAGGCGUGAAGGAGGCUGAGGAAGACUGUGGAGAGGAAAAUACCAAUGACGAUACUCGGAGGUCUAAACGUAUAAAGUGUAAAAAGUCUUGA